AUGGAUGUGAAAACACCUAGAUCUAAAAAAAUCUUUAAUAGAUCACAAAUUAUUGAUUUAAUAGCUGAUGGGAAAGUCAUUGUUAUAUAUAAAAACAAUGUAUUAAAUUUAACAUCAUGGAUCAAAAAACAUCCUGGAGGAGAUAAAGCAGCUUAUCAUAUGAUUGGGAAAGAUGCUACUGAUGAAAUGCAUGCUUAUCAUUGUGAUGAAACUGUUGAUACUUUUAAACGAUUUAAAAUUGGUGAAAUAGAAGGUUCAAGAUGGGAGAAUUUGUUACCUCCAAUUCAAGGUGGGAUUUAUUUAAAAGGUGGUCAUCAUCAUGAGAAUCGUCACAAUAAUAAUAAUAAGGAAACUUUGGAUAAUAAAUUAGAUAAUGAUAAUUCAAAUUCAAAUUCAAAUUCAAAUUCUACUUCAGAUUUGGAAUGUUUAACAACAACUAAUUCUUGUGAUAGUAUUGAUAAUAAUUCUAUUAGUGAAAUAGAUAUUGCCAAUUAUAAAGGGGUUGGAUUUAUUCCUCUGGUAAAACCAGUUGUACCUCAAAAUCAAUUAGUUACUAAAACUAAUAUGGAAAAAUUUUUCCCAAUUAUUAAUGAAGAAAUGAAAAAAAAAGUUAUUAGAAAUCCUAAAAUAUUAUUAACCAAUUAUGAUAAUAAAUUAUCUCAAGAAGAUGUUAUGUCAUUACCAUCAUUAGAUUAUGAUUCUCAACGAAUUUUACGUGAUAAAUAUAAUGAAUUACAUCAAACUAUAAUUGAUUAUGGAUUAUAUAAAUGUAAUUAUUGGGAUUAUUUCCGAGAAAUUAUGAAAAUUGGAUCAUUGUUUCUUUAUUCAUUAAUUUUUUUAAAAUUAAAUCAAUUAAUUUUAAGUGCUAUAUUUAUAGGAAUGGCAUGGCAUCAAGGUACUUUUAUUGCUCAUGAUGCUGGUCAUAUUGGUAUCACUCAUAAUUAUCAAAUUGAUAAUAUAUUUGGAAUGAUUAUAGCUGAUUGGUUUGGUGGAUUAAGUUUAGGUUGGUGGAAAAGAAAUCAUAAUGUUCAUCAUUUAAUUACUAAUGAUCCAAUUCAUGAUCCUGAUAUUCAACAUUUACCAUUUUUCGCCGUUAGUGUAAGAUUAUUUCAAAAUAUUUAUUCAACUUAUUAUGAUAAAAUUUUACCAUUUGAUAAAUUUAGUCAAAUUUUAAUUCCAUUACAAAAAUAUUUAUAUUAUCCUAUUUUAUGUUUUGGAAGAUUUAAUUUAUAUAGAUUAUCAUGGACUCAUGUUAUUUAUGGUCAAGGACCAAGACAUGGGAAAGCUGCUUGGUUUAGAUAUUUUGAAUUUUUCGGACUUUGCUUUUUUUUCUAUUGGUUUUUUUAUUUAUUAGUAUUUAAAUCAAUUGAAGGAAAUUGGAAUAAAUUUAAUUAUAUUAUGAUAAGUCAUAUAACAACAAUGUUGGUACAUGUACAAAUCACAUUAUCUCAUUUCCCCAUGUCAACUGCUGAUUUAGGAGUUAGUGAAUCAUUCCCUUCAAGACAAGUUAGAACUACUAUGGAUGUUGAUUGUCCAGAAUGGUUAGAUUUUUUACAUGGUGGAUUACAAUUUCAAGCUAUUCAUCAUUUAUUCCCAAGAUUACCUCGUCAUAAUUUAAGAAAAGCUCAGCCAUUUGUUAUUAAAUUUUGUGAAGAAGUUGGAUUAAGUUAUUCAAUUUAUGGUUUUGGUGAAGGUAAUGAAAUUGUUAUAAGUAGAUUAGCAGAUAUUGGUAAACAAUGUUCAAUAUUUUUAGAUGCAACAAGACAUUAUGAAGGAGAUUUAUAUUAG